AUAUAGAUAUAUAUUGAUAGAUAGCAGCCUAUAGAUAUUUGUAUAAUGUGUUUCCUCAGUUCGCUGUGAGGCGCAUACAAAAGUUGCAGCUCGCGCGACUGCUAAUGUGUUAGCUAGUGCUCCAGUUCUCAAACGAGAGAGCCGUCUUAAGUAUGGAAACGGCUUAUAUUUGCUGUUGACAGACUGUAAACGGUGUAGUUGGUUUAAAAUGACACGGUGGGAAUGACAAGCUAGUGUUCACACGGAGUGGCCGUUUCUGUUUCGCCCGCAUACAACUGAAGCGGCGGUAUUUGUGUGUUCGGAGACAUACGCGUCGCUGUCAGCUCGGUCGUCGAUUUGGUUUUAUUCAGCUUUUGUUGUGUUUUUUUUUUUUGUAUUCGCAUGGCUGAAGGGUAACUUGUGCUGGAGUUUUUGUUUUUUGUCGGAGGGGCGUUUACCGUGUUGAAGCUAGCAGGGGCUUUUUGACGGCUAGAUCACGGGCUGUCGGGAGUUUGACAAGCAGCUUGUGCUUAUGUAAUGCUGGCGAUUCCCCCGCUCGACCUCAAAAGACGAAUAAACAGUGGGUAUUCAGAGUGCGACGAAGUUUAUUUGGUGACACGACUUGUAUGCGUCGUCAUUACGGUGCAUUUCUGUGUUUUCUUUCUUUUUCGUUUUUCCACGAGUUGUUUUUGCGACUCGCACACAGUGUCGGAGCUGCAGCGCGUCUCGUAAAUCUAUUGAUCAUGGGGGAAGUUCAACGAAAAACUAUCGCAGAUGCCAUCUGAACGCUUAAACAGCUUGGGACUUGUAUAGCAAUGCAUUUUUCGUCAUAAAUCUUCUAAAGGAUUAAGAUAUGGACAGUGGACAAAAACGCAGCAGUAACAGUCCUGAGAAUUUAACUUUCGGGGAUUGUAUCGAGAGAGGCUUCGUGCCAGAUAUUGACAUUGAUAUUGGUGUCAGUGCGUCCGCUUUAAAUACGUCAAAAGAGUUCUCCAACGGACAGAGCGGUAGUGACGCUCAAAGAAAUCUCUCUCUGGCAGAUCCGUCUUUAAUGGGACGUAACAUACAAGAACCAGAUGUUAAGGGAUUCAGACCUUUCAAAAUGCAGCACCAGCAAAAGGUAAAAGAGCCUCUUAACAUUGGGGAGAACUUUUCGCUCUUGGACGAGAGCAUUGCGGACUUAAAUCGUGGUUCUGGCAUCCAGGCCCCUGACACUUUUGCAAUGAAAAUGGAGCAGUUUUCCCCCAUGGAGAAAGAUGGGCUGGACUUUCCAUCCUAUGACCACCGGAAUAAGGAAUUGGAUGUUAAUGAGAGAGUGAUUGGAGACAACACCAUUGACAUCCUUAAGGAUCUGGACUUCACUGACUCCCUAUCUGAGCUGAAUGAGCUCUACGUUGCCGACGAGGCUGCCUUUCUUUCCUCAUUGGCAGUGGAUGAAACCCUGCUGGGAGAGGGCAACUUUCUGAAGGAGACCAGCCCUGUUGUCACUGGCAGCAGUGCAGCCUGCGCGAAUGUGAACGGCACGGGGAAACGGCAGCAGAUGGUGGAAGCCAGUGUCAACAUAAAGACAGAGAAAGACACAGACUUUAUCCAGCUGUGCACACCAGGUGUCAUCAAACAGGAGAGUGAGAGGCGGAGCUACUGUCAGAUGUCAGGGAUGGGUGGGCUUCACGGUGGGCCCGCCGCUUUGGGAGAUAUGGGCGGACAGGGAUACCACUAUGGAGGCAACACUGCCUCAGCGGUGACUUUACCAGAUCAGAAACCCCCUUUCGGCCUGUUUUCUCCCCUACACACCUUAAGUGAUGGCUGGGGUCGAGGAAAUGGAUAUGGAGAUCCGUCUGGGAUGCAGAGAGCCAAUGAGACGGUACUUCCGUCCACCUAUCCAUACAGCAGCUCUAUGGCCAGGCCUGAAGCGAGCAGCUCCAGUUCGUCUGGAUCAGUCAAGCCCGGCGGAAACACCCAUAAGAUCUGCCUGGUGUGCUCUGAUGAGGCCUCUGGGUGUCAUUAUGGGGUGCUCACCUGUGGCAGCUGCAAGGUUUUCUUCAAAAGAGCCGUAGAGGGAUGGAGAGCGCGGCAAAACGCAGAUGGGCAGCACAACUAUCUCUGCGCUGGAAGGAAUGAUUGCAUCAUCGACAAGAUAAGAAGGAAAAACUGUCCGGCGUGCCGCUUUCGCAAGUGUCUUCAGGCCGGCAUGAACCUGGAAGCUCGAAAAAACAAGAAACUGAUGCGAUUACGGGGUCAUUCAUCCUCAAGCGAGCAGGCCCCAGCUCUGCCUGAAGAGCGCAUGUGUUCACUGGUGCCCAAAGCCAUGCCCCAGCUGGUGCCCACCAUGCUGUCCCUGCUCAAAGCCAUUGAGCCUGAGAUCAUUUACGCAGGUUACGACAGCACCAUCCCGGACACCUCCACCCGCAUCAUGACCACACUUAACCGUCUGGGAGGCCGGCAGGUCAUCUCUGCAGUCAAGUGGGCCAAAGCCCUUCCCGGCUUCAGAAACCUGCACCUGGAUGACCAGAUGACGCUCCUGCAGUGCUCCUGGCUCUUCCUCAUGUCCUUCGGCUUGGGCUGGAGAUCCUACCAGCAGUGUAACGGAGGCAUGCUGUGUUUCGCUCCGGACCUCGUCAUCAAUGAGGAGAGGAUGAAACUACCCUACAUGAAUGAGCAGUGUAGCCAGAUGCUGAAGAUCACCAGUGAGCUGGUCAGGCUGCAGGUGUCCUAUGAUGAGUACCUCUGCAUGAAAGUGCUCCUCCUCCUCAGCACAGUACCAAAGGACGGCCUGAAAAGCCAAGCUGUGUUUGAUGAAAUCCGCAUGUCGUACAUCAAGGAGCUGGGCAAAGCCAUUGUUAAACGCGAGGAGAACUCCAGCCAGAACUGGCAGAGGUUCUACCAGCUCACCAAGCUAUUGGACUCAAUGCAGGAGAUGGUGGAGGGGCUCCUCAGCUUCUGUUUCUACACGUUUGUGAAUAAAUCUCUGAGCGUGGAGUUUCCCGAGAUGUUGGCGGAGAUCAUCAGCCAUCAGCUACCAAAAUUUAAAGACGGGAGUGUCAAGCCUCUUCUGUUCCAUCAGAAAUGACCGCCUUAGAUCAUAACAAUGCCUUAACGCCACUCUUUUCUUACCAGCGCUAGUCCAGCCUGCCCGUGUUCCCCCAAACGUCCCGAAUCAGUUGAGGGACACAGUCGCUUUUGCUUGAUUCUCAGAGGAAAGUGGUAAAGUGUGCUCUUCAGAAACGCUCAUGGAGCAGGAAAACGGACAAAGUCGUGUACUCGGAGCUGACAGAAUGUGACUUUUAGUGAUAUUUUCUCUACUUUUUUUUUGCAUGUACACUGCUGAAAUGUUUACAAAGGUAUAUCAAAAAAGGGAAAUGUGCCUUUUUUUGCGCUUUGCGAAUCAAUUUCAAACAUUUCUCAGGCUAACGCAA